AUGGAUCCAUGUGUUAGUGAGAGCAUGUUCGAUCCGAAGAAUAGGAGAAAAGAUCCACUGUAUGUGGCUUACAACAUUCAUGUGAAUGGAGUGUUGCACUGUCGAGUCCGAUACAGUCAACUCUAUGGAUUGCAUGAGCAGCUGAGAAAAGAAUAUGGUGCCAAUGUACUUCCUCACUUUCCACCUAAAAAGAUUUUCACAUUAACGACUGCAGAAGUAGAACAGCGGCGAGAGCAAUUAGAAAAGUACAUUCAGAGCGUACGCCAAGAUUCCUUGCUUGGUGGCAGUGAGGCAUUCAACAGCUUUCUGAGAAAAGCGCAACAGGAAACUCAGCAGAUUCCAACACAAGAGGUACAGCUUGAUGUCUACCUAUCCAAUGGACAGAAAGUAACAGUUAAUAUUUUCAGUUCAGACCAGACAGAAGAUGUGCUAGAGGCAGUUGCAGCAAAACUGGACCUUCCUGAUGAUCUGGUUGGAUACUUCAGUCUUUUUCUUAUCCGGGAAGGAAGUGACGAUAGUUGUUCUUUUGUACGCAAGCUUCAGGAGUUUGAACUGCCAUAUAUUUCGGUCACAAGUUUGAAAAACACAGAAUAUAGAAUUGUGUUGCGAAAGAGCUAUUGGGAUACUGCUUAUGACAAUGAUGUUAUGGAAAAUCGGGUUGGAUUGAACCUUUUAUAUGCUCAGACUGUGGCUGAUAUUGAACGAGGGUGGAUCCUGGUCAAUAAGGAGCAACACCGACAGCUGAAAUCACUUCAAGAAAAGGGCUCCAAAAAAGAGUUUAUCAGCCUGGCUCAAACGCUGAAGUAUUAUGGAUAUAUCAAGUUUGACCCUUGCAUCACUGAUUUUCCAGAGAAAGAAUGUCAUGUAAUAGUCAGUGCUGGUAACAAUGAACUGAAUUUUCAUGUCAAGUUACCCAGUGACCAAAUCAAGGAAGGUAGUUUCAAGGUCACACGCAUGAGAUGCUGGCGUGUCACGUCCUCACAAGUUCCACUAUCAAAUGGCACUGCAAACAGCCCAGGAAAGACAGAGACCAAAUUGGAAUUGGCUUUUGAGUAUUUGAUGAGCAAAGACAGACUCCAAUGGGUGACCAUUUCUAGCCCCCAGGCAAUAAUGAUGAGUAUUUCUUUGCAAGCAAUGGUGGAUGAACUAAUGGUGAAGAAAUCAGGUGGCAACAUAAAGAAGAUGCUAAAGAAGCGCAUGAAUGGUGCAUUACGUCGGUCAGACAGUCAGCAAGCUGUGAAAUCUCCUCCACUCCUGGAUUCUCCUGAUUCAAACAGAGAACCUAUUGUCAAGCUCUCAAGUAAGCUGUCUUCUGUUAGCAUCCGGGGAAUCGGAACUUCAUCCAGUGACAUCAGUGCUAAUGACUUCCAUGAUGCUGCAAGACCUGCUGAAUUGCUUCACUAUUCUGUUUCAGGUUUUCUAUUAGCUGCAGUAUUUUGCCUUAACACUAAUGUGUUGCUUUCAACUUUCAUCAAAACUUAAGGUGCACUAGAAGUAUUAGAGUUCAUAUAUCAUCUUAAGUAUAACUACUGUAAUAUUCCUCUUUCACUGCAUCUCCUGGCCAUUAUAAUUACAUAAAAUUAUUUACAUAAAUAAGGAAAUAGUUCUUCGCAGUGUGCAAACACAGUUUAGAUAGAUUGGUCCUGCAACACACGGGACUACUGCAUAUGUAGUUUUCACAUUACCAAAUAUGCUGUUUUUGGCUUCUCCAUAGCAGUUGUUUAAUUAAAUUUCAAUGAGGUCACAGGCUCCAUAUUCAGUCACAAUAUUUUAAUUGUGCUUUCUGGUCACUACUACAAUAAUUUGUGAACACCUCACCAAGUAUGUGGUACAAAUGGAGUCAUCUUUUGAUUUUAUCUGAAUGGAGUUGCUUUUCAUCUUUAAAUGUCCUUAAUUUUAACCAACAUUUUGUAUUGCAUGAUAUAUGUACAGUGACUACCAAAACUCUUACCUAAUAAGUUAUUCCUCAGUUGCAUGGCUAGUGUUUUAAAGCUCAAAUCUUAAUCCAUCUUUCCAUAUUUUUGGCUUAUGGAGAAGGGACAGGAAAACUCUGAUACAAAAUAUAAAGUUUCUGGCUUAUUUGACUUUUAUGAUAUAUACUGGUAAAUAUCACUUGGCAUACUAGUUAAAUUUUCUAAUUCCAAAGAAGACAACUGAAAAAACAAUCCAUUUUAGAAACUCCUGAUGGUAACGUGUGUGAUACUUUUUCCCUUAAAUGUUUCCAAAAAUCAAAAUGCUAAUUUGUGAUGCUGUAGUAUUUUCCAUUUCUCCCUACCAUUAUUAGUACAAAAAUGCAAGAUUGAUAAUAGCAAACUUGUCUUUAAAUUCCUUGAUGGGUUAAUAAUAUGAAUAUCAUUGAAUAGAUGGAAUGCAAAGAGCAAUGAAGUGUAACUGUUCACACUCAUUCAGAAUAUUUCUAAGGAACUAGUGCUGUCUUGUGUUAUUCCCCUCUCUGUUCAGAAAAUGGAUGGAGUUGAAUUUGCUUGGAGUCCCUGAUUUUCAUUAGAGAAGAGCUGUGAUGCCACUGGAGGGAAACAAAAGCAUGUCACUUUUUAUUUCUAUGGCUUUUCGAAGUCACAUUGGACAAAUGGGAGAUAUUCUUUGGAAUUCCAUAUGUAGUAUGUUCCUUGCUCACUCCUGAUGUAGGAAAUGCAACCAUUAGUACACAGGUGAACUUUACGGCAUUUGUGAACUUAAUAAGUAUGUACAUUUUUAUGGGUUGUAUGCAGUCUCUAACCUUCUAAAAAACAGAAUGUGAUCCAAUUCUAUCAAAAUUGAGAGAGUUCAUUGUUAGUUGUUGAUUGGAAAUAUUUUUUCUGAAAAUGGCAGUUGUGGCCAAGUAGCCAAUGAAGCUGUCUGUUUCCACUUUUUGAAAACUGGGGAGUUGGUUGUUUACGCAACCAGUUAUGGAUUGUAUUGGUUCGUCUUCCUUAUCACAAUUAUUAUUCUUAUUAAUCUCUUAUUUUAGAAAUUUAGCAGAAGUAAUGCCUUAUAUAACCUGCUGAUCCUUUUUUUGUUUUUAAAAUUUGUAAGUGCUUUAUGUAGGAUUCCUACAUGACAGUCCCAGGAAGUUGAAUGCUGUGUUUUUAACAGUAAUCUGCAGGGACUAAAUUCUAGGUGAUAAGUCAUAACCUGAUUGUAUGAAUGCACCAUAAAGGUGCGAGUAAGCAUUCCAGUUUAUUUAGGAGAUUUAAUUUGUUUGCUGUAUAAAUUUUUUUCUCUAUAUGGUUAUUCUCUACAUAUAUGUGGCCAGCAUAGGCAAUCAGACUAUGCUUUGUCCUUAAAUGUAGACUUAUAUUUUUGCUUAUGGUCGAGAAAAUCUUAUUCAGCUUUUUCAAAAUAAGACUUUUAAUGUGUGCAGACUUGUAUUUCCUCUAUUCAUCUGGACAAGAUACUUACAAAUAUCAAGCAUAAUCAGAAGUGCAUUCAUAGACUUCCGAUGGGCCUUGCAGCAAAGUCCAUGGUUGCUCUGAGGUACUUUGGAAUCUCCUUUGUUUAAUAUUCUGCUUAUUGAAGCAUAUGUUUUAUAUUGUGGCCCAUAACAUAAGCUAACUAUUUUUGUUUUGUAAAAUUUAUAAUAUCUUUAGAAGUUUUCAAUUUCCAUAAAUGCAACAAGAGUUUGACAAUACAAAAUACAUCAAAUGUGUCUACAUUAUUAUCAGAAAUGUAGGCCACAGAAUGCUGUCUUAAGUCAGUGUAGUUGCCUAUGACGCCUGAUCUGCAACAGCUUCAUCUGCAUUGUUGCCCCACCAUUUGGAUAAUCUAUUUUAUAUUUUCCAUCUAAUUGUUUGGAGGGCAAGUUUUUAAUUUCAAUAUUCUUAUUUCAAAUGACAAUAUUGACUAAGUUUGUUAACACGAAUGACUAUAGAAGGCAUCCUUUAUCAGACCAAUGAAUAAAUAUGAAGCUAAUUAUUUGUGACCCUUUCAUUAAAAAGCAUCUGAAUUUGUUUGCUAAUUGCUUCAUAACUCAAGACUGUAAUGGAACUUGAAUCUCGAUAUGUUCUGUAUCAUUUUUGGUGUCUGUAUGCCGUGCUACACACUCGUUCGAAAUUCACUUCAGCAAAAGACAAUGGAAUGGAACUUAGAAUUUUUAAGAGUCAGAAUUUAAUGCUUAUUCAGUUUCUAAAUCCAGGAAAUGUGGUUCAGAAAGCAACUACCCUAUAAUAAGUCAUGCUAUAAACCAAAUUAAUUUUGUUAACAAGGAGCUGCUUUGUUAUGGUUCAGUGGUAGACAUUGUUCAUACAGGGUAUUUUCAUAACAGUGGAAACAUUUCUUGGAAGAGCAUUUUUGACAGUUUUUUUUUCUGAUCUAACCCCUGGUUGGCAUUUUGAUAGCAGUCUUUUCCAAACUAAGCUUUCAUUUUUAAAUUGUGGAAAAUUUGUAGCAAUUGCUUUAUAAUUUAGAAAUCUGCCAUUAUUUGAGCUUCUGACAUUGAUAUUUUGGUGUUCAGAUGAGGCCAAGUAUUCCGAUCAAAUAAUUGUGGAUUUAAUGUGGAUAUAUUGUCAGAAUUUUGAAAUACUGAGUUACUUUUGUAAAAAAAAGUUUAAAAUAUGUUGACAUUGAAAUUAAAUUCUGAAACUUUUUUUCACCAGAAUGUUUGCACAUAUGUAUGACCACGUUUCUAUUGUCAAGAUGCAUAUUCCUUAAAGUAAGGAGGGAGGGAGGAGUGUUAAUGAAGCUGAAAACUUAUUCUAAGAUGUAUCCCGGAAUCUGUUGUACCAUUCUCCAGUUGCAGAUUUUAAAAAUCUGUUUCAAAUAUAAUCCUAUUUCAACUUUUUGUUUGGUGAGAGUAGGUGGUACAGGAUGUUGACUCUUUUAUUCUGAUUUCACAAAACCAGACAGGUGCAGAGAAACCUCGGAGUGGAAACAAGAUCAGAUCCAAAGAGCGACAGAUUUUAGAUAUAUGGCAACUGUAACCGGUAUCUUUUAUAGAGUGGCAAUUGGGACAGAUCCAUCUUAUAAAAAAAUUUCUUUACUUGCUCUAAAUAUUGGUAUGACCAUUUUGGGAUUUGAUCGAUCUGAAGUAGACUUGAUUUUUUAUAACAACUGAUGUGAAUUGAGGUAUUAUUUCAUCAUUAUUAAUGCAUAGUUUAAAUAUGGAUUUCUACUCCAUAUUAUUUUCAGCAUGUUGAAGGUUUAACAGGUUCCUUUGUGCUCACCAUUUCCAUUCCUCAUCUGAACACUUGUGAAAGAUUGUUUAUUCCAGAUCAUGUGUUGCAAUAAAUGGUAUUGCACUAAUUGCUUUCUAACAUUCAUGCUGUAAGAAUUAUCUUGUGGCAUUAAAAAAAUGUUUAUCUAAUCCUCAGUAUCCAAUAAAGCUAAUGCACCUUAAUGUAACACUAAUUGCCUAGUUUUGUAUUAUAGCUUGUUUUCCUGUAUGUUCCUAUACCAGCAGAUGUCUCAUGAAUAAGCAGACUUAAAUUUGUAUAAAAAAGCUUGAAUUGUGUAAUAUGCAAAUAAAAAUAUUUUCAUAACGUGA